GUUACUUUUACCCACCAUCUUGUUCAUUGCCGGAACACUUUCUCGGAUUACAGUACAACGUCGUUAGCGGUGUUCCUGCCACCCAUCUGUUACUGUGAAUACAGAAACGCUGAUCCGUAUGUGCGUGUAACGUUGCCUGCCUAUGCUGUGCGUGUAUGCAAUAGACAAGACUGCGAUUGUAAAUAUGAAGACCUACAGUUUCGAGGAACCGACCAUGUGCCUUCAAAAUGCCCUCUUUUGUGGGGACUAUAUGCACAGAAGUGCUACAGAUAACGACUUUGUGUCUUGUUGCCAUGGUAUCUUGUUGCCAUGGUACAACUCAAAUCGUGCAAGCUGCUGUGUUCAAACGCGUCGAAGGUCAAAACGCGAAAGACCUCAAAGCGCGAAAUUUUUCUCUAGUAGCACCUUUCCUUUUCAGCGUUUCAGUGCCCCUUUUGCAAUAAAAAGAAUGAGUGCCAUUGCUGCCAUUGACAAACAAACUGUGCAUCGGAUAUGCUCUGGCCAAGUCGUCCUUGAUCUCGCCACGGCUGUCAAAGAACUUGUUGAAAACAGUCUUGACGCUGGUGCAAGUUCCAUUGAAAUCAAGUUUAAAGAAAAUGGACUUGAAGGGAUUGAAGUGAUAGAUAAUGGAUAUGGAAUUGCACCUGAAAACUAUGAACACUUGGCAUUAAAGCACUACACGUCAAAAAUACAGCGGUUCGAAGAUUUGGAAAGCGUAAGAACGUUUGGCUUUCGAGGCGAAGCGUUGAGUUCAUUAUGUUCCUUGUGUGAAGUCGUCGUUGCGACAGCUACGAAAGAACAAGCACCAAGAGGCGUCAAACUCGUUUAUGAUGCAGAAGGACAUCUUGUAUCACAAUCACCGUUUGCUCGUGCCAUGGGUACCACGGUCCAGCUAUCGAAAAUUUUCCAUGCUUUGCCAGUACGACAGCAAGAAUUUCAACGCAAUAUCAAACGUGAAUAUGGCAAAGCACUUGCAAUCAUUCAAGCUUACGGCAUCAUUGCCAAAAACACAAAGAUUAUUGCCACAAGUCAGCCUGCUCGGGGUAAUAAUACACGCGCAAUUGCUACAAGUGGAAACAAGGCCGUUCGUGAAAAUAUCUCGAAUGUUUUUGGUGUCAAGGUGCUGUCCCAAAUCACUCAUUUUCAAGUCGACCUCGCCCCCGUGCUUAGUAGAGUAGGGCGCCGUGCCGAUGAAGAGGAUAGUAACGGUGCUUUGUCAGAAUCACAACCAGCGAUUCAUGGGUUUAUAUCCAAACCAGAUUUCGGCCAUGGACGUGGUAGUGGUGACCGACAAUACUUCUUUAUUAAUGGCCGGCCCUGUACGCUUCCAAAGCUUGCCAGAGCCUUUAAUGAAUUGUAUCGCUCCUUUGUUUCCAACCAAUACCCAUUCAUUGUUGCAGACAUUCUACUUUCACCAGACAUGUACGAUGUCAAUGUCACGCCUGAUAAGCGAACUAUCCUUCUUCACAACGAACAACCUAUCAUUGAAUAUUUUAUCGAUGAGCUUCGCGAACAGCUUGAACCAUCACGAUCCACAUUUGUAGCAGAGCCUCUUGUACUAUCCAAUUUAAGGCAGGGUGACUCAGAUCCAUCAACGACAGCAUCAUCCAAUGUGUUGUCUGAGCUGAGACACCAAGAAGAUCCUAACUCUCUUAUACCCGAAGCUACCACACCAACACCCACACCGUCACCAUCGUUCACCACCACAACCACUUCGGGAGCAUCGUCAUAUCCAAUCACAUCUAUGUCAUCAUCUCGAGUAAAAAACGCACCACAACCUGCACCUACGCGCAUGUCACUCGCAUCUUUUACGUACUCGAACCAACGGACAUCCUACACAGCAGGCAGUAGCCGGAAACGACCAAACAGCAGCAUCACUGAUUUCUUGAGCAAACGACCGCGCCCCCAGCAAGGACCUGUGGAUGACGUUCUUGAAGAGCUUAGUCGGAAAUCAGUGGAAAGCGAGAACGAUGAACUAGCGGAUGACGAGGAUGGCGAUGAUACACCGAAAACCACAGCAACUACUACCAAUUCAACAGCGAUUGACGAUCAACAGCCAUUGACGAUACAUUUUGAGGACGGACAACAACAAGAAGAAGACGAGGAUGAUGGAGAAGAACCGAUGGAUCUGUUUCAAGACAACGAUGCAAUGAUUUUGAGCACUCCUGGCCCAUGGUAUACACGCGGUACAACACGAUCAGCCUCUAUCCGACCUGAGAUGUUACAAAGCUCAGUGUAUUGCAGGCAAAGACUACGACGAUUUUCCAAUAAAACAAACAGAUCAAUAUCUCAGGACAUUGGUGAUAGUAAUAACAGUACACCCACGACCGUUGUUCUCGAAAGUGCAGAUCUGACAAAUACGGACGACCAUGAAAUAGCAGCAGCAGCACUCAACCGGGUGAUCAAAAAGACAGACUUUGCAAAGAUGAAAGUGAUUGGACAGUUCAAUCUCGGGUUCAUCAUCACAAUGCUUGACGGCCAUGAUCUGUUUAUAGUGGAUCAGCACGCGUCGGAUGAAAAGUACAACUUUGAGACUCUGCAGUCGACAACAAUCAUUGAUGGACAACGUUUGAUUAUGCCAAAAAACCCUGAACUGACGCCUUUCGAAGAACAAGUCGCUAUGGCAAAUGAAGAUAUUCUGCGUGCCAACGGCUUUGAACUGGAAAUCGAUCCAAGCAAAGAAUCGACACAACGCAUUCGUAUCCUUUCCCAUCCAACUUCCAAGAAUGUAGAAUUUACUGAUAAGGAUUUCAGCGAACUAGUGCAUGCUCUAUCCGAACGUCCAGGUCAAAUGGUACGAUGUUCCCGCGUCCGCGCCAUGUUUGCUUCAAGGGCUUGUCGAAGUUCAGUCAUGAUAGGGCAUUGUCUUAACAUGCGCAAAAUGUCCCAGAUAGUUCAACAUAUGGGUGAAAUCGAUCAGCCUUGGAACUGUCCGCACGGAAGACCUACCAUGCGUCACCUUUGUAGUAUAGCAAAUGCGUCAACAAAAGGGAUCAUGCCAAGAAAGCCAGAAAGGGCGAUCGGAUGCAAAGGGUCGUUGUUCCGAUAGUAAACCGAGCUACUGCCUUUCUUAAAGUGUGUUCCGUUUAUGAGAAGAGCAUUUAUACAGGAUUUUUCCUAAUGAUUGGCGGGGCUUUUUUUCCCAUCAUGGCGGGGCUUUUUUUUCACUUUGUCGUUGGGGGUGUUUGUGAUUGGCGGUGUGAUUUUCGUGAAUGGCAGGAGGAAAAAAAUACAAUGGCGGCCGAGUUACAGGUUGAUGGCAGAAUAAUAAAUUCAUAAUGGCGGCCGUAAUUUCAGGUUGAUGGCAGAAUAGUAAAUCCAUAAUGGCGGUUGGGUAAUUAUGGUAAUCGUUUUGCUUUCUUUUUCUCAGCAUGACAGUUAAUGAUUUUCGA